AUGACGAACACAUUUCCAUUGGUGUUGCUCUUUUUAUUUGACGUCGUUUUUGGUAGCCAAACGGCCCCAUGGGUGCUCAACAGAGCCGAUCCUGGCAGUGGUGGCGUGUCGUUCUUCAACAACACUGUCACUGACUCGUACAUGAUGGUGAGGUGGACCUGGAGGGACUCGGCUAGCGGCUUCUGGGACACCAGGUUGAGGGUGACGCUCAACAAAGAAGAAAUAAUCGGCGGUGGAUUUUCGUACACCGAUCAGUAUGAAAACGAACUGGCGUCGGUCAGGUGGUUCAGAACUAAAAUGGAUGGACCGAUCAAAUGGAAGUACACCGCAUUCUCUUCACCUCCCGACAGCUGGUGGAUGACUUCGGUGGUGCCGAAUGGCAAUAUAACUUGGGGAUUCAAAAAUCAGAUCAUCGACGGAUCGUGGGUGUUUAGAGUGGGUAAUGAUACUCUUGAACCGAAAAAUUAUCAAACUGUCGAUGGAUGGUCGGAAGGGUCAGGAAAUAGAUGGAAGAGAUCUUUGAAAUCACACGAGAAUGGCGCAGACAACUUACAAAUAAAACAAGAGCGUUUUAAAGAAAUAAAACGAAGUGCCCCAGAAUACGACUACGAUGACGAGGAAGAAGAUAUAUUUCAAAAAAUUAUUGGAUGUUUCAUGGAGUUUUUCAAAACGUUAGAAGGAAUUUUUCAGAAUUCCGGCUGACAUAUGUCAUAUUAUACCAUAGAAAUGAGCCAUAAAUCAUUAUUAACCAUACUACUUUCCCAGAAAACAAUGCUUGGGACUCAUCAUUAUAAUAUAUUUGUAUUGAACACCACUUAUAUAUUGCACUUAUUUUUUUUAAUAAUAUUUUAUGUUGAAAUGAUAAAAAAAAUUACCCAAUUAUUAUUGUUUUAAUAUAAUAUGGUAUGUAUGUAUAAUUUUUACAAAAUCAUCAAUAUGAAUGUACACAAUGGCUUACUCGCUAAGUAGUCUACAACAAACUUAAGUUUAGGUACAAAAAUAUAUCAUUACAUAAAUAUUUUGGACACAAAAAAAAAUAUUACUGUUGUCUAAAGUACAACUGAUAGCUGGUCAAUAGAGCUAGACAUAAUAUUUUAAUAAUAUGAUAUUUUUUGGUCACAUAUACAAUACGUUUUACAUUAAUAAUAUAAUAUUUUUAAAAAAAAGGCACAAAACGGUGCAUAACACUCGACUUAUUAAUAUAAUAAUAAUUGU